UGGUAUGGUCGUUGAACUCAAAUAAGCACCUGGAAACCUACCCGAUCUCCUCGGCUCAAGAUGACGACAUGGAUAUGGAUUCAAAUGACUCGGAUGAUGUUCUCGUGUCAUACUUGGAUGAAUUCAAUCCGUUAAAUCCAUUACCUCCCACCCCUCAGAAAUAUCUGAGAGUGUUGACAUCAAGUCCCAUUCGGGAUUCAAUGUCAUUCGAUUUUGUUGUAUAUAUUCCGACAUCCAGAAACGGCUUCUUUGGAAUAUACCGGGUGAUGGUAGAUGCUUCCGGCGGUCUAAAACAACUCUACCUGAUCAGGCGUUCAUAUCAAAAUCCAUCUGAGCAAUUGAGAAGUGGGGAUUAUCCGUUUCACGACCUGAUAGACAUGGAGUUGACCCCUUCUCAUAAGAUUGAGGUAAACGAAUCGGAUAACGGGAAUGGUGAAAUGAAGAGUCGUGAGUGGAGGUUGUGGGCUCUUUGGAAACGAAAGCGACAGACCGUGUUAACCUACACACAUUUUCGUCUUACCUAUUACGACGUCACUGGGAGUAAUGGUUAUGAGGCGAUCUCGGGUUUAAGUAAUGAUGAUGAUAGCAUUGGGAAGAGAUGGGAACACGUGGCCGGAACCCCGGUCGAAAAACACGACAAAGGGUAUCUGUAUCGCUUGCCCGAUCUCCAAACGGACCAUGUGAAAGUGUGCACGGAUUACCUAUUCUGCCCCGGUCGAUUUUCGGCUUCAAUAAUCAAUCGUGCGUUGGAAAGGUACAUUCGACUCUUUAAAACGGAGAAUUCAGAGGAAUUUCAGGAAAAAGAUUUUCUGGAAUAUGAGUCGAUAAUUAAGAACGUGAACACGGACCUGAAACAGAAGGUCAAAGGGGUGGUCGCGAAACACGUGCGCCUACAAAAUGAUCCGGAAAAUGACAUCCCGCUCGAGAAUGAUCAUAAGCAACUCGUCAUAGGGGAAUGGGUGCACUUCAUGUUGCUAUGCAUUGAAAUUAAGGAGACCUCUCGAUUUCCGCUCAGUCUAUCAAUCAUUCAAGCGGGUUACUUUGUCGCCGUGACUCAACAGGACAGCGUAUCCACCAUCCGAGUGUGUGACACGCUAGAGCUAUUUCAUUACUACACUAGCGGAGAAUUCAAAUUCCUGAAUCUAUCCAUACGUUCGAAGAGUCAGCUGUCGGUCACAUACCCGCAAUCGGAAGCGGUCAAACCUUCCGACAUGAUCAGGUUAUUCAAGUCUAUGAACUUGUUAGUGUCAUCCUUCUUAGACGUCGAUUUGCUAUUACUAGACCGCGCGAUUUUCAAGACACUCAGUAAACCUUACUUGACUUCGGUUAGACAAAGCGCCGCGGAAUUCUAUGAGAAUCACCUGAGUCACCGCAUACAACCAAAUUUGAAAGCAAAGAUAUGGAAGUUAUUGGAGACGUAUCAGCGACCAGAAAGGAUUAUCUUUAUAAUUCUCACGGCUUUAAACGAUGUCAUGUUUGAGAUGAGCGAUAACAUAGGGAAAACGACCAAGACCACGGUUUUCGUGGACGCUCUAAUUUCAUCAGCCACGGCAGACAUUAUUCGCUCCCACUAUGUGAUAUCGCGUAAUUUGUAUCUCCUGUUGGUUUUCAUGGUUUGCACGAAACCCCAUUUGGGAAUGGAGCAAAGGGUGUCUAUGAGCAUGUCGACCCUCUACGUCUACAUGAUUCUGAAGUGGAUAUCCGAACAAUCCGCUUAUUCCGAUGCAACGGUUGAUAAAUCCAUAACCGCCGAGGAUGGCAUGUUUGAAAAGUUCUCCGAUCUGAGUGUAGCUAACACCAAGAAUGUAUCGGAACUACCGGACCUACGUUACAGCCUACUCCACAGUCUCAUCCACCAGCAAUAUCCCCUGGACCUGAGCUUUCGGACACAAUUUUUACCAGUUAUUAUCAUGCGCGGUGUGAAAUAUUUGGUUGACGGCAUGGGAUUUCUGCUCAACAAUUCACCGCAGUUGAUGGUCAUGACACCCAAGUCGUAUUCCAAGUUUGGUAAGCUGUUAUAUGCCUCGGGUUUUUUCGACCACCUUCAUCAAUACCUUCAAUUCCUGCUGGAGACACCCUCAAGCUUGUACCUCUAUGGCGAGCAGUUAUUGAAAGAACGUAAAUUCGAUAAGGCGGCCGAGAAAUUCAUUAGAGCCGGCGAACCGAUUAUUCCAUCGCAGGAUUAUCUACCAGGAAAUCUGACCGGUUAUUAUAGGCACGUUGCUACGCUUUUCGAGAACUGCGAACAGUCAGUUUAUGUCAUUAAAUUUUGCACACUUGCUCUGGAGGCAUUUAAGGAGGACCAGCGCCAAAGCCCAGAGGGUCGUGAUUUGGUUUCUCAACUUUGUUCAAAGAUUUUCACUAAUGCGAUGCAAACUGACCUGUUUGACGAGGCGUAUAAAGCAAUGAUGAUGAAUCCGAUUUUGGUAUCUCGACAAGCCAACCUUCGCCCUUUUGUAGUUAACCUGUGUGAGAAAAAAAAGAGCAUAAUGCUUCAACAAUACCCAUUCCUUGAUCUGCGAGGGGAUCUGGAAGCCAUUCUGGAAUUCCACGCACGCUGCCAUGUUGUGACCGAUGUGCCGAACUACUCGAUGAUUUGCUACUCAUACUAUAUUUCCCGUAAGAAAUUCAGGGAUGCCGCUCGUGUCGUAUAUCAAUAUGCCAAGAAAAUAGAGGAGAGUAGCCUGGUAUUUGACAAUUUCCAGAAGGCCAUGACAGAACUUGCCUCUAGCUAUCUUUCGGCCAUUAAUGCAUUGGAACAGGUAUCACCGGCAUCCCUCGCGUGGUUCCAUUACAUAACUCUUUCUCCCAGUGACGACGAUCGAUCACGAAAAAGAACAAAAUACGACGAGGAAGCCUCAAAAGAUAAUAAAGUGAUCACUGAAAUAAUAUCACUGCCGGAAUUGAAAAAGUCCUAUACGUUGGUGAUGGCCAGGCUCGAAUUAGGACGCGAGUUUACUGAAAAAGUCACUCCGAUAAAAUCCCAAGAAGCGGUCAAGUUGUGCAGCUAUGCUGGAAAAUUCGAUUUGGCUAUCUCGAUCGCAAAACUGUUCGAAAUACCGUUGGACGAUGUGUUUGAAAGGAUGACGCGAAAAUGUUUAUUGCCGUCAAGUUCGAACACGGAAUCAAGUGAACGUAAAACAUCAUCUUGGGUCAGAAACAAUGAAGCCGCUCAGGUAAUACACGGCACGGAGACCGAUAAAGCGUGGGCUAUGCUACGAAAGUAUUUGGACAAGUAUGAUAAAAGGGAGGAAACGCUUUGCCGUUACAGAGCUGUCGUGCUGAGGACGAUGCUGACCGUCAAUUCUCAUAUUUGCAUCCCCGAGUGGUUGACAUCCUUCUACAAGACAUACAAUCAAGCAGAGCACAUCAAAAUAUUGAUGGAUUUUGGUCGUCUGUCGGACGCAGUGAUGGCUGUUUCGGAUUUGUUGGAAAUGGAGUCUAAUAGGCAUGACGGGAAGAUAGCUUCUCACUGCCUUCCUUGGAACAUAAUCGAGAAUGUUCGGUCGUUAUUGGAUCAAACAAUCGUGAGUCCUCAACUAAAAGCCGGUAAAGAAACAUUGGAGAAGUUGAAGAAUGUUUUGGAUGAAGUAACAAAAUCAUACUUUAGAGCGAUCUCAUCAGAAUAG